AUGAGUGAGCUUCUAUCAUACAUCCUCGAUCAUGAGGAUGCGUUCCGCAGGGCUCGCCUCCCGUCGUUAUAUUCCGACUUCUCCCCGCAGAGGCAAACGAACCCUGACGGCUAUCAUAGCAACGUGGCAGCAUGGCAACGGGCUCUAGCAAACGCUACUCUAUCAGGGCAUGUCCCCUCUUUAUCAGCCAGCUCUACACGCGAAUCACGCCCCGGGAAGGAAAGCCUAUCGCAUAGAAACAACCUCCUAGUUCUGCGAACUAGCAAUGCGCUCAUGGCAGACCUAGAAACACGAGAGUGGGGGAGGCCACUGUCACUGCAAUGUGUCAUUGACGAGGCUUUGCGCAGUGGAAAUAUGAUUCCCCUUGAUAUAUUCUUAAGUAGUCAAACCAGCCCUUUCAGGAGUGGCUGGCUACGAUUCCCAAGUCCGCCCAGCUUGUCCCAGGUCGUUACAUGGGGUAUGAAACAGGCUCGUGGUUUGGUGAUAGGGACAGACAGCGACCACUUGGCUGGCACAGGCAUGCUUCAGACCAACGAUUUAGUGCUGGUCGAUAACCUCAAGCAAGCAGCAAAUCGACUUAUAAAGGGGGUUGUGGGCCACCAUAACUCGAGCGUCGAUCGGAUAUAUUCCAAAGAAAUGUUUAUGAUACAGUUUGCUCAUCUUUUUGGAGAGGAGACAUUACUCUCUACUACCGACUUCAUUGUACUUCUGAAAUACCUAUCACGGGAUCGGAAUGUAAUAUUAUACGAUGGAAAGACAGUAAAAUUCAGAGAUACGAGCGAUACAUCCGAUAGUAUCUCACAGGAGGAUGGAGCAAUCGCCUCCCUUAAGACAAUAAUUGCUCGGCUAACGUUGCAAGUCACAACCCUGGCCGAGAAAAUAAAGAAACUCACUGCAUAUGCACAGAAUGCUCUGGCAAACAAGAACCGAAUCCUCGCUCUAUCGUCCCUUCGAUCAAGGAAAUUAGCGGAACGCAACCUCCAGCAGCGCAGCGAUACGCUGUUGCAGCUCGAAGAAGUAUAUUUAAAAAUCGAACAAGCUGCUAGCCAGGUUGAUAUCGUACGGGUCAUGCAAGCAAGUACAGGGGUUCUGCGGCAGCUAAACUCCCAACUUGGCGGUGUGGACAAAGUUGAGGAUGUAGUCGAAGAGUUGAGAAAGGAAAUGGAGAAUGUGGAUGAAGUUGGAGGCAUUUUGAACGAGGCUGGGCCCGUGAUCGACGAAACCGAGCUGGAUGAUGAGCUGCAGGAGAUGGAAGAUCAAGAGCGCGAAGCUAGGGAGGAUAAGGAAGCUGAAGCGACUCUCCAACGACUAGCAGAGUUGGAGAGAAACCAAGGGGUAAUAAGAACCCCUGCUAGUCAAACCACUGAUGGUGAUUUGGAAGAAAGCAUUGACAAACUGUCGCAGAUGUCAAUCGGUGACAAGCGACCGGAAAAGGCCAAACAGGGCCCCGAGCCUCUGCCACAGACUGCAGAGUAG